UUUCUGAAAUUUCUGAUUGGUUGAGAACCAUGAUUUAUUAAAAAAAAAUAACCCGGGCUGCACGGGGAUUGGGCGGUGACUUCAUUUUCAACCAAUCAGGGCAGGUUUGGUGACUGCGCACAGUGAUGACCUAAUUGCCAUGCUGCUUUCCCCGAUACUUAGUUACAACGUAGGAAGGCGUGUGAAAGUGAUUGGUGCCGAUAUGAGUACCCUAAUUUUGGGAGCAGAUCAUGAGACACAUUUUUAAUAGUGUAGCUAUCCAAGUAAAUGCCAUCAAUCAUUCCACAUGAGGACUAUUCAUGUCUCGAGACAAAAUGAGGCAUCCUUAAGUCAAGGGAAGAAGAAAUGCGUAUUAAACAUCACUGAAGAACUGUUUCAUGUCACAAAGAAUGGAUUUUUUUUGCGAGGUUGUUUUUUAAAAGAAAAAAAAGGCAUGCGCCCUUGCACCGAAAUCAAAUCGAGUAUUGAGAGCAAAAAGAAAUAAUAGACAAUAAAUGUUUCUGCUAGAAUGUUGCUAAAAUCUUCCUUGGUAAACGGCUUUGUUACAAUUGUUGCAAAUCAUGGCUCAGAAUUUUCUGAGGUGCAUUCAAUUUCAAAAAUAUUUUUGUAUCCCUUUUUUAAAGAAAAUAUACCAAAUUGUAUAUGAAGCUACAGUACUUUGUAAGAGUAAAAAGAAAAGUUGCGCCUUUGUAAAUGAAAAAUCUGAUUGGUCACAUUCCAGUUCCUGAUUGAUUUAUUGAUGGAAAAGCCCGCCUCCUUUGAUUUAUAUACUUAAGGAGGUUGGGCCGAAAGCGGUGCACGCCCCCCUCUUGAAGUUCUCACUCAGGUCGGAAAAAGUGCUAUAUAAAUGUUGCUCUCGCGCUCUCGUGGUUAGGUCGUAUUCUGUUUCGGUUACGGAUUGGUACUGCUGAUUUUUACCAUGUCUGGUCGCGGGAAAGGAGGUAAAGGUCUUGGGAAAGGCGGCGCCAAGAGGCACCGUAAAGUGCUUCGUGAUAAUAUCCAAGGUAUUACUAAGCCUGCUAUCCGCCGUUUGGCUCGCCGCGGAGGCGUGAAGCGUAUUUCAGGCUUGAUUUACGAAGAGACUCGCGGCGUAUUGAAGGUCUUUUUGGAGAACGUCAUUCGGGAUGCCGUGACCUACACCGAACACGCGAAGCGAAAGACCGUGACUGCGAUGGACGUUGUGUAUGCUUUGAAACGCCAAGGUCGUACUCUGUACGGUUUUGGUGGAUAAGCUUGUAAAACUCAUUGUAAUAACUAAUGUAAAAGGCCCUUAUCAGGGCCACCCACACAUUCGUGGAAAGAGCUGUGUUCGCUUGUGAAUAUAAGUUUAAAUGUUAAA